CAUGAUCUACUUUCCGCCCGACUCCCUCGUGUCGCUCCUCCGUGCGCUCACGCUUAAUCACAGGACAGCAUAGGAAGGACCUCCUUGUUAUUUUGGAGUGGUUUCGGCGCCUUAUGCCGGUGCGCGAGAGGGUGAAAUCAUCAGGCAGCGCAGGUGGAAGGAUCUUUUACGACGCUGCGGUACAGAUGAUUGAACACUUGGAGCAUCCACUCAGCGCAAUCAGCCACCGGCGCGUCCUCUCUGUCGGAAAUUGAGAUUCAGAGCACUUUUGGAGAGGUGGACAAGUCAAGGAAAUCAUUUUUUUUUAAACGGCGUGGAGGAUGUAAUAUUUUCUUUUGCGCACCGGUAAUCGGACUACCACGGGAGCAAAUCAACCUUUUUGUCCUCCUACUUGGACAUUGAACAUUUUUACUCAAGAGGAAAUAACGCAUGGAGAAAUGAGCUUGUCCAUUGCCCCUUUUGGAUUGUGAGCUAUUUGUAUUUUUUUUUUUUCUCUCGCAAGAACAUCCUUGUCCUUGCGUCGCUACUCCGCGCGCUCUUUCAUGGCAUCGCUGACCCACUCGGCCAGACGUAAAGACGCCAGUGGCUGGCCGAGGAUGUCGUCAACUUUCUGGGCUUUUGUGCUCCUCACCGCAUUCUUGGUUCUCUAUUGCGGCCAGCUGGCAGCGGGGACAUGUGAAAUUGUGACGCUGGAUAGGGACAGCAGCCAACCUCGGCGGACCAUCGCCAGGCAGACGGCCCGCUGCGCCUGCAAGAAGGGCCAGAUCGCGGGAACCACGAGAGCCAGACCCGCCUGUGUGGACGCCGCCAUUGUUCGGAAAAAGCAGUGGUGCGAGAUGGUGCCGUGUUUGGAGGAUGAGGGCUGCGACCUGUUAGUUAAUAAAUCCGGUUGGACUUGUACGCAGCCCGGAGGCCGAGUCAAGACGACCACGGCUCUAUGACGCGACAGGACUCUCCCUCCACAUUCUUGCACUAACGAGAGCAUUGACGACCCCCUUGACACCACCGCCGCCACUAUCACAAGCCUACCCAUUCCUCGGAGGCCUUCCAUCCUGCACCGUUGGUCCUUGUGGAGGCAGAAAGGUCUCCUAACACCUCCAGAGCACCAGAAAGGGAGUGUUUGCAGGACUCUCCCUCCCCCAUCUCCCCAGGACAUUGGAUAAAUGACUCGCAGAAAAACACUGUUCCCCACGAGCGGCUCCACAGGCUUCCUGACUUCUCCCACCCGGUGCGUGUCGUCGGGUCAACGCGGUCGCCUGCUCUCCAGUCCCGCCCGCUCGGUCCAAUUAGCAGCUUUUGCCCGUCGCCGUGGAGGGUCGUACCCCUGCUAAACAGCGGUUUCCUCCCCAUCAGAAGUCCUCGGAAUUGCUUUUGACUAAACACAGGAAUUGCCCGCGUUUCUUCACCUCUCUUUCACAUCAGCGGGGCGCUCGGACGGAGAAGCGAAGCGCCUUCCGCCGGGGCAAACCUCCCAUAUUUUUAUAGACCAAAGAGUAAAAGAACAAAUGGGUGAGUACUGACGCAGAGGUGUCCUCGCCAAGAACCCGUGGACUCCUUGCAUUGUCUGGCACGGAUCAAAGGAGUACUUUUGUCCUUUUCCUGACGUUUUUUUCUUUCCUCAGACUGAACCCAUCACUGUACUUUGGAACUGGAGAUAUAGGUACCACAUACGUAUAAUUGUGUAUCGAGAAAAAAAAAUGGACACAAUGGUCGAGACGGCUCGGGAAGUUGAAAAAAAAUGCGAAUGGAAAAGACGGCGUGAAGAAAUGUCCUUUAAUGUAUUUUGAAAGGCCCUAAAAGUUAUAUAUUUAACAGUUUUUAUAUGUUGUACCUUUGUAGAGAAGCUUAUUGGACUUGUGGUCUCAAUGACAGUUAGGAUGUGAACAAACGCUGUUGUCCUCAUCACCGCCGGCGCUCGUAGUCAUGGGUUUUUCCGUUCACACUAGCCGCUUUCUUUUCACGCUCAUUUCCGAGUCACCGUCCGGCAAAAAAAAAAGAAAAAAUCCCGAGGACUGACCGACCCCGCCGCCGACUUAACAUUGUAAAUGUAUAGUAGUCAGUGGAAGCCAUUGAAGACUGCUAAUUUGCUAUGAUAUUGUAUUGUACACAAUGUGGAAUACUGACUCAUUUCCUCUCGAUGGGCUUUUGAUCUCUUAAUUUAUUUCCGUGCUUGUGUUGCUUCGCACAACAAUCGGGCCUCUGCGAGCAGAACCGGGAGAUCGGACGAGAGCGGCAGAGAUCGGACGGUCAUUGACAUACGGUACUUUUUUUUUAUCAUGAAAUAUUUUAAG